GACUGUGGCUUGUCCUUAUGUCCUGGUGGAGUGGAGCACGGAAGUCCAGGCUCACCUUCUCAAUUCCUGUGUUGCUAGCCACCGCUGUCCCUUUAUGUAAAGCCUCUUCUUGCUUUCAAGACCACAAAUGUAAGCCCAGCCGCACUUUACUCACCUGCUGCAAGAAGCAACUGAGUUUCACCCGCCAUGAAUUGUUGCCAAACUUUGUCAAGCCAUUGGGUUUUUCCCACUGUAAUUCUCUGCUUAUUUGGAUUUUUCUCAAUGAUGAAACCAUCAGAGCCAUUUGUCGUACCUUACUUGACAGGACCAGAUAAAAAUAUAAGCCUCAGUGUGAUCACAAAAGACAUCUUUCCCGUUUGGACGUACUCUUACCUGGUGCUGCUGCUCCCUGUGUUUGUCCUCACCGAUUACGUCCGCUACAAGCCCGUCAUUGUCUUACAAGGGAUUAGCUUCAUCAUUACUUGGCUGCUGCUCUUGUUUGGCCAAGGAGUGAUGUCCAUGCAGGUUGUCGAGUUCUUCUACGGUAUGGUCACCGCCACCGAGGUGGCCUACUAUGCCUACAUAUAUAGCGUGGUCAGCCCAGAGCACUAUCAGAAAGUGAGCGGUUACUGUCGGAGCGUCACGCUGGUGGCCUACACGGCAGCCUCCGUGCUGGCCCAACUCUUGGUAUCCCUGGCAAACCUGUCGUACUUUUACCUCAAUGUCAUAUCCUUGGCCUCUGUCUCUGUGGCCUUCUUUUUCUCACUUUUUCUACCAAUGCCUAAGAAGAGCAUGUUUUUUCAUGCAAAACCCAACAAAGAAGCUCCUCAAAAGCUACCAGGAGAGGAUGCUGUCUUAGGGGAAACUCAAAAGGAUCACAAAGAACUAGGAAACCAAUUGAGCAGCCCAACACCAAGCAAUGUGGUUUUGAGAGUUUUCGUGCAGUGGUUCCAAGAUUUGAAGGAGUGCUACUCCUCAAAGCAUCUUUUCUACUGGUCCCUGUGGUGGGCUUUUUCCACAGCAGGUUUCAACCAGGUUUUAAAUUAUGUUCAAAUCCUGUGGGAUUACAAGGCACCAUCCCAAAGUUCUACAAUAUAUAAUGGAGCAGUAGAAGCCCUGGCAACCUUUGGGGGGGCCAUAGCAGCCUUCACAGUGGGCUACGUGAAAGUCAACUGGGAUCUUCUGGGAGAGCUGGCCUUGGGAAUCUUCUCAGCAGCAGAUGCGGGUUCUCUAUUUCUCAUGCAUUUCACAACUAAUAUUUGGGUGUGCUAUGCCAGUCUUUUGAUAUUCAAGUCAAGUUAUAUGCUCCUUAUAACCAUAGCAGCAUUUCAGAUUGCAGUUCAUCUGAGCAUGCAGCGCUAUGCCCUGGUGUUUGGAAUCAACACCUUCAUUGCCUUGGUGAUUCAGACCAUCAUGACUGUGACUGUGGUUGACGACCGAGGACUGGGGCUUCCUGUCAACAUUCAGUUUUUAGUUUACGGAAGUUAUUUCUCAGUCAUCACUGGAAUUUUCCUAAUGAGAAGCUUUUACACAAUCUAUUCAGCCACAUGCGGAAAGAACAAAUGUAGUCCUGCAACUGGUCAGAGUCCAAACGAAUCCGGGGACUCCACUCCUGGUGUGAGCACAGUAACACGGUGUUAGCCUGGUCUCACCUAGCGUGGACUCAGAAGGCAAGCUACUGUGAUGGAAGAUAUAUGGUGCUUAACUGCAUGGCAUUUCAUGUUUCAUCCUAGAAUAAAGAUAGACGACUAGACUAUCAUGAACCUCAUCAAAACCGCGUCAAAACCUCAGCCAGUGAACUGAAUAUAUAACCAGAUGAUUCAAUUGACCAGACUGAAACAAACCAUCUACAUGGCCUCAGUAAGCAACUGCAACCCCAAAUACUGUUUCAACACAUUCAAGCUCAUCCCAGAACAACAUAGACAUAAAAAGUGACCAUUUGCAGAAACAUGAGAGAUCCUAAAGUGAAUAACAUAUCUUAGCCUUCUAUGCCCUACCUCAUAAAAGUGUCAUUUGUUUUGAUUUGAAGAAUAGAUAAAGCAAUGUACAGUGCAGAUCUGACACAUGGUAAGUGGUCAGUAUGAGAUAACCAUGAUUAUUAUACUCAUAUUAUUUACCAAUAUAAAAAGUUAGAAUAUGGGCAAAUACUUAAUUCCUACAAUCCAGGGCAAAAGAAUUAAAGAAAAAUUUUAAUUAAACUUCACCAUGACCUUGCAUGGAAAGACUAAAUAUUAUAAAGAUUUCAGUUCUCAGAUUUAUGUAAAAGUUUGUCGCCGUUUGUGAUAGUCUAUUUUAAGAGUCAAUU